CGAUUCUUAGACGUUAAGUUGGCGAGUUGGUUACAAACUCAAGUCCUUGAUAGUUAUUAAUAAAUACAACAAAAAUGGCGGAACCGCUGAAGAACUUCUUUGAGAAUAAAAUGCUGGAGAAGACGAAGAAGGAUCCAAAGCGACUGUCUGUGGAGAGGAUCUAUCAGAAGAAGACACAGCUGGAGCACAUCUUGCUCCGGCCGGACACCUACAUCGGCUCCGUGGAGCCUGUCACCCAACAAAUGUGGGUGUAUGAUGAAGAUGUUGGAAUGAACUGCCGUGAUGUCACCUUUGUGCCAGGGCUUUACAAGAUCUUUGAUGAGAUCCUUGUGAAUGCAGCAGACAACAAACAGAGAGAUAAGAACAUGUCCUGCAUCAAAGUCACCAUUGAUGUUGAAAACAACACCAUCAGUAUCUGGAAUAAUGGGAAGGGUAUUCCUGUUGUGGAGCACAAGGUGGAGAAGGUCUACGUGCCAGCUCUCAUCUUUGGACAGCUCCUCACCUCCAGUAACUAUGACGAUGAUGAGAAGAAAGUCACCGGUGGACGUAAUGGGUAUGGUGCAAAGCUUUGCAAUAUCUUCAGUACAAAGUUCACCGUAGAAACCGCCUGCAGAGACUCGAAAAAGAUCUUCAAACAGACCUGGUAUGACAACAUGGCCAGAACAGGAGAUGCCGUCAUCAAACGCUUUGACGGAGAUGAAUACACCUGCAUCACUUUCCAGCCUGACCUGAGCAAAUUCAAGAUGAGUGUCCUGGACAAAGACACUGUGGCUUUGAUGACGAGGAGGGCCUAUGACAUCGCCGGGUCCACAAAGGGUGUCCGUGUUUUCUUCAACAGCAAGAGGCUGCCCGUUACGGAUUUCCGUAGUUACGUGGAUCUGUAUGUGAACGACAAAGUGAAUGAACAGGGUGAUAAAAUCACUGUGGUCCAUGAGGUUGUCAACGAGCGCUGGGAGGUCUGCCUCGGUAUGAGUGAGAAAGGAUUCCAGCAGGUCAGCUUUGUCAACGGUAUCGCCACGACCAAGGGAGGAAGACAUAUUGACUACGUGGCUGACCAGGUGGCUAGCAAGUUGAUUGAAGUGGUGAAGAAGAAGAACAAAGCCGGGGUGGCUGUCAAGCCUUUCCAGGUGAAGAACCACAUGUGGCUGUUUGUCAGUUGCCUGAUUGAGAACCCCACUUUUGACUCUCAGACCAAAGAGAACAUGACAUUGCAGCACAAGAACUUCGGGUCUUCUUGUGUUCUCAGCGACAAGUUCUUUAAACAGGCCAGCACCUGUGGUAUUGUGGAAAGCAUCAUGAACUGGGUAAAGUUUAAGGCUAUGUCGCAGCUUAACAAGAAAUGCUCAGCUGUCAAACACACAAAAAUCAAAGGAGUACCCAAGCUCGAUGAUGCCAAUGAUGCAGGUGGGAAGAAUUCCGAUGGGUGCACGCUGAUUCUUACCGAGGGAGACUCAGCCAAGACCCUGGCUGUGUCUGGGCUGGGCGUGGUCGGCAGGGACCGCUAUGGCGUCUUUCCUCUCAGGGGAAAAAUGCUCAAUGUUCGGGAGGCUACAUACAAACAGAUUAUGGAGAACGCAGAAAUUAACAACAUCAUUAAGAUCCUGGGUCUCCAGUACAAGAAAAACUACAGUGACCCAGAAUCCCUCAAGAGUCUGCGUUAUGGCAAGAUCAUGAUUAUGACAGAUCAGGAUCAAGAUGGCUCCCAUAUUAAGGGCUUGUUGAUCAACUUUAUCCAUCAUAACUGGCCGUCGCUGCUGCGUCAUAACUUCCUGGAAGAGUUCAUCACCCCGAUCAUCAAGGCAUCUUACAAGAAAAAUCAGCUGUCAUUCUACAGUAUUCCUGAAUUUGAUGCAUGGAAGGAAAGCCAGCCAAAUCACAAAUCUUGGAAAAUCAAAUACUACAAAGGUUUGGGAACCAGCACAUCACAAGAAGCAAAGGAGUAUUUCUCUGAUAUGCAGAGACACCGUAUUCCAUUCAAGUACUCUGGACCUGAAGACGAUGAAGCAAUCACCCUAGCCUUUAGCAAGAAGAAGAUUGAAGAGCGAAAAGAGUGGCUGACCGCCUUCAUGAUUAACAGGCGGCAGCGUAGGGAGCACAACCUGCCUGAAGACUACCUAUAUGGCCAGGCCACCAAGUCUCUCUCCUACAAUGACUUUGUGAAUAAGGAGCUGGUACUUUUCUCCAACUCUGACAAUGAGCGGUCCAUCCCCUGUCUGGUAGAUGGUUUGAAACCAGGCCAGAGGAAGGUCCUGUUCUGUUGCUUCAAGAGGAACGAUAAGCGGGAAGUGAAGGUGGCUCAACUAGCUGGCUCAGUGGCUGAAAUGUCGGCCUACCACCAUGGAGAGAUGUCCCUGAUGAUGACCAUCAUUGGUUUGGCCCAGAACUUUGUGGGAAGCAACAACUUGAACUUGUUGCAGCCUCUGGGUCAGUUUGGAACCAGGUUGCAUGGUGGCAAAGACUCUGCCAGCCCUCGAUACAUUUUCACCAUGCUCAGCCCUCUGGCCCGUCUCAUUUUCCCAAGUGAUGAUGACAAUUUGCUCAAGUACAACUAUGAUGAUAAUCAGCGUGUUGAGCCUGAGUGGUACAUGCCCAUCAUCCCCACUGUGCUGGUAAACGGCGCAGAGGGCAUCGGCACGGGCUGGGCCAGCAAAAUCCCCAACUACGACGUACGAGAGAUCGUCACCAACCUCCAUCGUAUGCUCAAUGGGGAGGAGCCGCUGCCCAUGCUUCCAAGCUUCAAAGGCUUCAAGGGGACAAUUGAACAGGUGUUGGCAAACCAGUACAUCAACAGUGGAGAAGUGGCCAUUAUCGAUUCCACCACCAUUGAGAUCUCUGAAUUGCCUAUCAAAACAUGGACACAGACCUACAAGGAGAAUGUGCUUGAGCCAAUGCUGAACGGCACAGAGAAGGUCCCUUCUCUCAUCACAGAUUACAAGGAAUACCACACCGACACAACUGUGCGCUUCCUGGUCAAGAUGACUCCAGAGAAGCUGAGAGAGGCUGAGGCUGCUGGACUCCAUAAAGUCUUCAAACUUCAGAAUCCCCUCACGUGCAACUCUAUGGUUCUUUUUGACCAUGUGGGCAGCUUGAAGAAGUAUGAGUUGGUGGAGGACAUUCUGAAGGACUUCUUUGAGUUGAGGAUGAAGUACUAUGUGCUGAGAAAGGACUGGCUGACUGGCAUGUUGGGGGCAGAGAGUUGCAAGCUCACCAACCAGGCCCGUUUCAUUCUGGAGAAAAUCCAGGGCACCCUAGUCAUUGAGAACAAGCCAAAGAAGGAACUGAUCAGCAUGCUGCAGGAGAUGGGCUAUGAUUCUGAUCCAGUGAAAGCUUGGAAACAAGCUCAAGAAAAGAAUGAGGAAGAAGAUGAGGAUGAAGUGGAGGAAGGCAAGGAGAAAGAGGACCAGGAUGGGCCAGACUACAACUACCUGCUGAGCAUGCCCAUGUGGUUUUUGACCAAAGAGAAGAAAGAAGAGCUGUGCAAACAGAGGGAUGCUAAGCUGACAGAACUGAACACCCUCAAGGAGAAGGUUCCAUCGGACCUGUGGAGGGAAGACCUUGUUGCUUUUACAGAGGAGCUGGAGUGUGUGGAGGCAAAAGAAAAGGAAAACGCAGCCAUGCCAGUUGCAAAGGGGAAAAGAAAAGGGGUAAAGGUGAAGCAGGAGACUCUGCCCACACCGCAAGGUCUCCGUGUCAUCCCGCGCAUAACCAGCGCUAUGAAGGCUGAAGCUAACCGCAAGGCCGAUCUGAAGAAAGGCGAAGGCAGGAGAGGCAGAAAGGUCAAGAGUGAAGAAGUUGUGGUGAAGAUAAGCUUUGAAGGAGACGAAGAGAAUAUAGAGCCAAAGGAGGAGAUGGGGCUAGCUGCACGAGUCGACAAGAAAACUAAAUCGCAGUCCAAGGACAAAGCUGCAUCAAAAUCAAAGACGGGCAAGCAGACCACACUCCAGUUCAAGCCUGUCACAAAGAAACCCAAGAAGAACCUGUGGUUGGGCGAUGAGUCCGGCCAUCUGUCAGAUGAGAAUGUGGAGAUGGAGGAAGUGGUUGUCCCCAGGGAGAAGGUUGAACGUAAAACAAAAGCUACGGUGAAAUACAGUUUGUCUGAUAGCGAAGAUGAGUUUGACGACUGGACGAAAAAGAGCACCUCAAAAACAAAAGGUGAUAUCAGUGAUGAUGAUGCCAGUUUCAACCCUGAGUGCUCCAGCGAUGUAGACUCUCCAGCUCCACCUCCUAAAGCUAAAGGGCCCACGAAGAAAGUGCCAAAGGCCAAAACGUCAGUGAGACAAACUGGAAGCAAGUCGAGCUCUCAGUCAGAUGAUCAGGCGCCGACGUCCAAACCUCCGGUUCAGCGUAAACCAAAAGAGGCAGCGCUCAAGAAAGCUACCACUGCCAAGAAGACUGCCCCCAAGAAGAAGGCCGCAGAUGCGAAGCAGCCCUCCAUCAUGGACUCUUUGUCCAAAUCUAAACCCUCGCUUACAACUACCAGCAAGAAAAUUCCUUCGUUUGACUCCAGCGACUCGGAUGUUGAAGCUGAAGCUCCAGCAGCAAAGGUGAAACCACCUCCCAAGCAGAAACAAGCCGCAGUCAGCGAUGAAGUUGAAGCUCCAGCAGCAAAAGUGAAACCAGCUCUCAAGCGGAAACAAGUCGCAGUCAGCGACGACUCUGACAGCAGCUCAGAUGACCUCAUGUCCCGCCUCAAAGUCAGAAAGCCCACCGUCAGCAAGAAAACUAAGAGAUGGGAUGAGGAGGACGACAGCUUCCAGGUUUUAGAUCAGGAAGCUCCUGAAGCAGUGGCUCCACCACGGGACAAACCUUCACGUGCCAGGAAACCCAUAACCUACAACUUCGAUUCUGACUCGGAUUAA